UCCACAGACUGAAUCAUCAAAUGACUUUAGAUCUAUUUGUCGCAGAAGUCGGCAAUUUUUUAUAAAAAUCUAGUUUCUUGUUAUUAAUUUGUGUAUAAAUACAAAAUGUCGAGACCCGGCGAUAGACCAAAUCAGGCUCAAACCUACAAACUUGUUGUUGUUGGUGGCGGAGGCGUCGGAAAAAGUGCUAUCACUAUACAAUUCAUUCAGAGCUACUUUGUGACUGACUAUGACCCUACAAUCGAAGACAGCUACACGAAGCAGUGUGUCAUUGAUGACAUUCCGGCCAAAUUGGACAUUCUGGACACGGCGGGCCAGGAGGAGUUCAGCGCAAUGCGGGAGCAAUACAUGAGGUCGGGCGAGGGUUUCCUCCUGGUGUUCUCCGUGGCCGACCAUGCGAGCUUCGAUGAGCUGUACAAGUUCCACAAGCAGAUCCUCAGGGUCAAGGACCGGGACGAGUUCCCCAUGUUGAUGGUCGGCAAUAAGGCGGACUUGGAGAUCCAGAGAGUGGUGUCCUUAGAAGCAGCACAGGCUCUGUCCAGACAACUGAAGGUUCCGUACAUCGAAUGCAGCGCCAAAGCACGAAUGAACGUGGACCAAGCGUUCCACGAGCUGGUGAGACUGGUCCGCAGGUUCCAAGAAGCCGAGAGGAUCCAUACGAAGAACGACCGCCCCCCCAAGAAGAGAAAGUGUGUCAUCCUGUAACAGAAAACUUGGAAACUUUAAGAGGAGUGAGUAUUUUUUUUUUUGCCAGUUUUUUUUUUCGGGGUUAUAUUUUUUUAAAUUUUAAUUUGUAUUUUAGGCAGCACAUUGCCAAAGAUACUUAUGGAAGAAAGGAGGGUAAAGUGUCUAGCAGAUAAUUGAAAAAUGGAAUUAUAUCAGUUUUUUUUUAUGGCUUAUAGGCACCGCUAUUUUGAAUAUCUUGAUGUGAAAAAAUAGAUUCGGUUCGCUUUCAUACUGCCCGUUUCUGAUAUCUCAAACUAGGUCACAACUAAUGAGGUAUACUUGAAAAAAAAAAAACUAUCUUUGAUCUAAUGUUGUGCGUUCUAGUUGGUCUAAAAGGGAUAUGUGUGUUUUCCUACCACUCUCAAGAUUUUUUUUUUUUUAAUGUAACAAAUUUAUUUUUGGAUUGAGAUAAAAUUUUAGUGCUGUGCCGUGCGGUCAUUUAAACUAAAUAUUCAUAUAAUUUCAAAGGCUUGAACCUUUCCUUUUUUCUGGAUCUUUUUCUAUAAAAAUUGACGUCAUAUAUUUCUGUAUAAAUGUUGCGGUAUAAAUAUGUUUCUUACGGCGAAAAAAAAAAAUAAAUAAAUUAAAAACUUCAACUUCAAGAAUACUUUCUUGCAUAAAUGCUUGAACAUUGAACACAAGUUUUCUUAUGCAGGCCAUUUCUGUUAUCAUUUUAGUCGAAAUUCAAAGAAUUUUAUGCAAUGGUGCUAAUUUUCACGGUAGUAUUUCGCAGUAGGUGAGAUUUAAAAUUCGCGCCAUUUUGUGCGAUUUCUCGUUUUUCAUAAUAUCAUUGUAUCUAGUUUUAUAAACUAUUGUUAAAACUAUACUAUAUCUUCAUUUCAAUGAAGUUAUGCUUUAUACAUAAUUUAUUAUAUAAUUCGUCUUAAUUUAUUACAUGUAAAAAUAAACACACUGAAAAUAAUCACAAUACUUAUUUAAUUAUAUUUUAAGCAUAUUAUUUUAUAGGUAGUAUUCUAUUAAAAGAUUUUUGAACUGUAUUUACUUGGGUAAAUAAAAUAGUUUUGGAUCUUCUGUACAGUGUAUUUUUGAUAUUAUAGUUUUUUUUUUUAAUGUUUUCAAUGUUUACUAUGAAUUUUUGGGGCUUUAUCACAACAAUAACAAGGUUGUUGUCAAUUUUAGCUAUAUAAUAACAUUUUUUUAAAAUGUUUUUGUUUAUGUAUGGCGUUUUGUAUACUUGAAAUACUUUUUUUCUUAUUGGUACUUGGAACGAAGUUCCUUAUCGCGAGGCGCGAACAAUGGCGCAGGUUACAAACGGGAUAGCAGGGACCGGACAAGCCGUUCGUUUGCUUAAUCCUUUGAAAAGCUUUCCCAUAUUCUUGUGUAACCUGUUCAAUGGCUAACCCAAUCCAAUGACUAUCCCAUAUGGUGAGGCUAACCCUUUCAAAGGAUUUCCCAUAUGAUAUGGCUAACUCUUUCGAAGGGGUAACCCGUUCGAUAUAGCGCUUACCCCUUAAAUGCCUGCGGGGGGAGAGGGGUGUAGUUUUCAUCACACCCCGAUCCUGCGCAAAUUUGCGUAACUCCGUGUGUGAAGAGCCUAAAAGACACGAAGCGACACAUUGAAUCGUGUAAAUAAUAACGCACCGCUUUACCGCACGCGCUUAGUAGGUAUUUGUUGUGCAUUGCAAUUUAUUAAAAUUAAGACCGUAUGGCCUGAGCCACCCUGAGCUUAAAGCAUAAAUUAGCCUGCUAUCUGAACGGGUAACACCUUCGUAUGACUUACCUCAAAGAAAGGGUUUUGUAGUCGUGGAUAUAGCGCUUACCAAAGCAAAUUGAACGGGUUACAGCACCGAACGGCUUUCGAAAGCAAACCCAUUCCAAAAACCCCUUCAAAACCCGUGAAUGGGAUAGCGGUCCGGUCCCUGCGAGAUAGACGCCUCAGCGGGAGAGAUGCCUCAUAUUUAAAACUGCUAACUUCCCGAAGUCGCGACUAAGAUUUAAUUGAAAAAGUAGGAAUGACAGUCACCCCGCACCUCAUUUACCCGAGAACAUUUGCGCGACGAGGACGCGUUUCGAUUGUGCAUGUAAAUAUCGUCGCGGCGAAAUUCACAAACACCUCAAAUAUUUAAAGAUUGUUAUUUUGCGUUUUACAACGUUCGCAACAAAUUACGUUAUAUUUUUUUAGUUAAGCAGUAUACUGGUUCAUUGAGACUGCAUUUAGUAAAUAGAUGAUUUUUUGUUCAUAAUUUAUCUAAAAAAUAGAUGGGUAUCUAUCCUUAUCAAAAAGGAUAGUUACGCUGAUUUUUCGAGGUGUAGAUGCCCCCUAAGCGCAUAUCCCUUCAUACAUGGAGCCCCCAUUCUAUGAUAGCUUCGUUCAAAAUUGAAUAGGUAUUUUGUGAAUUUUAAUUCUGUUUGGCCGGGCCCGUCUGGUUUAAGGUAAAAAUUGAUUUGGUAAAAAGGUUUUGGCACAACUAAAACGCUUUAAAUUAUUAUGGUAUUAGAAUUGCGUUCUAAAGAUAACAAUUAAAUGAUAAUUAUGAAAAAAAUGUUUAUCUUUAUUGUAAUCCAUGUUUCUUGGAAACAACUCAUGCUAUAGGAGCAGAACUAGGUGUACAUUUUCGUUUACACUAUAUAAAAGGAAAUCUUCUUAGUAUUUUCACGGUGGGCCAACUAUCCAUACAGCUAGACAUCUGUCCUCAAAAAAAAAGUUUUCACAAAUACCUAAUUUCUGCAAAAUCUGUAUUUGAUAGGUUAAAAAAUAAUAAUUCAACAUUACUACUACUUUAGUAGAAAAUAUUCGUAUACAAUUUUAAUUUUUUAAAUUAGGCGGCCAUUUCAAAAAGUUUGGCAUCUAUCUCGGUCUAUGAGAAGCGAGUGGGAGGUGAAUUUGGUAACUGUGUUUAAUUCGAUUUAUUCAUUCCAUAUACAGCUUUGUGUUUGCGUUUUAUUUGUUCCAUAUAUAACUCCGUUAUCGUGACAUUUUAUGAUAUAAAUUAUGAUUGUAAGUACAGCAUACAUCUACCAAAAAGCGCAAGGUACUUCGUUUCGAUUUGGGUAUAUAGACGCCCCACGACUAUUGAAUAUUUGCAUUGUAUUGACUAAUAUGUCAAAUCAAUUUUGUAGCAUUUUUAUUAAUAAACAAUUUUAAUCCAUGAAAUGUUACAAAAUUAUGUAAUAGCAAAGAUUUUUCUAUCGCAUAUGACUUAUUUUCCCUGGUGCCAUGUUGUACUUCUAAAAACAAUAUUUUAAUAAUGAUGUGCGUUUUAUUUUGCAAUUUGAUGUAGCACAAAUAUUAUGGUGCUUUCAGUAAUAGCCUGAUAAUAUGACGCACACAAGUCAAAAUAUAUAUAAAAUUGGUCAUUAAAAUUUCGAGUCGAAUUACACAAGUGAGUGUAAAUUAAAUAAAUUAAAAAAAAAAAACUAAA